AUGGCACCAGGAAAGAUUCUUAAGCAAACAUCGGAGUUACCAGAAGCAGGAGAUGAAAUCGAAUCACAUCGAAGCGAUGUAUGUCGUUCACACAUGUUUGUAGAAACAUUAAAGAACCUCUGUGCCCGAUUAAACUUGAGCACAGAAGGGAACAAAGCCGACCUGAUAGAGCGUCUCACGUGUGUCGAUGAUUUGACUCAGCCACCUUUAGACCUUUUGAGUGGAAGUGAAGAAAAUAUAGGAAGUGGGGUAUUUGUUGGUACGCACUGUGAAGAGGAAAACCAGAAAGAUAGUCUUUUUGAGGAAACUCCAUUUUUUGAUACGUCGCCCAGACCAGUGGUAGAAGAGUCACAUGUUAAGAAAACCAAAAAGGUGGAAAAGGAGUCCAAGGAUGUGACAGUAAUGAAGGCAUUGUUGAGAGAGAUUAAAUAUUUGCGUGAGGAUGUUAAUAUGAUUUCAGAGCGAGUUGAAGCGUCAAAUAUGAGGGCAGAGAUCCAUAAAAAUUGGCCAGAGGUGAAGUUUGAAAGGUCAAGGGAUCAAUUUGAAUAUAAUGCGCUGUGUGUGAUUGGACAUGAUCUGGACUUGGCGUUGAGUGCCUCAUCAGGUGAAGAAGCAAUCCAGCAUAUUGAGAACGCAAGAGCAAAGACUCUCGAUAGAAUAGUGGUUUUAAAUGUGGCAAGAAAGUAUGGUUGGAAAGUAGCAGUUGAGUUACCACAAUCGAAGCAUGAAGGGUUAUCAGCAUAUGGCGAAACAAUAGAACAGGCACGACAAGCUGCUAGCAUCAAACAGGGGAAAAGGAAGUAUGUAAAUGAUAGACAGUUUUUUCGAGGGAAGAGAGAGAAAUAG